AUGGAAAUAUUUACUACAGACAACUUCAAUCAAAUAGGUGGGAUACAGAAGAAAAGAAGGCGACCCAUUAAACUGUGUUCGGGUUGUAGAAACAGGAAGAGUAAAUGCGAUAUGAAAAAGCCAAUUUGUACAAGCUGUCUGGUAAAAGGACUUCACACUUGUAAAUAUGAAGAGUCAUCAUCAUACUCUGUGAAAAUAGGUAGCAAUGAAGUUGACCUUCUUAAGAAAGAAAAUGAGCGUUUAUUACUGACAAUCAAACAAUUGAGGAGCCAAAUAACCACAGUUUAUCCAAGCCCAAAACCGGACAACGACAAUGAGAUUGAAGCAGAUAAAUACCAAAUAGUUUUUUCAAACCCCACCGGACAAUGUUUUGUGGCCCUACUUCAUUUAGAAUUGUCUUUCAAAAUCUGA